AGAUCGAAAUCGCGAUCCGCGUCUGGCAGUUUCGAGUUUCGACGGAACACAGACCACUUCGAAUUAUUUUGUUGAAUUGUGUAGUUAAUAAACAAUCUUUGGUCAAAACCAAAUUAUUAUCUAUAUUUUUGGCAACUAAUGUUAGAGUGAAAAGUUAUAGAUUAUGCAAUAUUUAAGUGACUUGGUUAUAACGGCAAAACUAAAAAUGAAAAAAUACCAAAAGAACGAAAAGGAACACCUAAAAUUCGAAAAAGAUAUUUUUGACAUUGAUAUUGGCAAAGCAAUUAUUCAUUUAAAUAACAUCUUUCCCAAUAAUCCAGAAAUUAGUGAAAAUACAAACCUAGUUAUCAACGAAAAUAUGGAUCUCUUAAUGCAAGAUAUUAAGCCUAUUGCGUUAAAAACAGCAAGAGACAUUUUGCUCAACCUUCUCAAUCGCGUUUACGAAACAUUCUCCUUCGACGAGUUGUGGCCUUUAGAGUAAAAUAUCUUCCGAGAAAGUACUUAAUAAAAACACAUUUCCUUAAUAAAAUUAUAAUAAAUGAAAUAAGUACGUUUUGUGUUUUUUAUGAUACUACACCCUUUAAGGGUGAGGUCUAGGUUUAGAUCCCCCUGGAAUUGGGGAAUCUCUAUCGAAAUGGGUCAACCAAGAAUAUUCAAAUAAAUUGCCAAUUUUCUUCUCUUCAGUUCUUAUAAAAUAGACUACUUAUUAUUUUUUAAAUUUAUGCAUAUAUAUGAAAAGUCCUUUCAGAAAGGAUAGACUGACUAACUGGUAUAUCAACCUAUACCCCAAUAUCUCAAACCCCUGACUCCAUAUUUGAAAUUUUUCGAAGGUGUUUAACAUUAUAAAAUUAUAAAUAAGUUACGCACUAAGAGUUUAAAUUGUUAGUUAAGAUGAAAAUGGUUUCAAGUAGAGUCACUUAGCUUCAAGUACUAUCGACUACUGACAAACGUACUGUCCGUGAGCAUUUUUUUUUUUUUAUUCAAUUUUAGCGCGCUUCUACAUUUGUUUAAACAAUUGCUCUGAGUGAACUAAAGCACGUUGAACGCAACUAAACUUGUUUACAAAUAACCACUGAAAUAAAUAGACACUUUUAUCUUUAUAAAUGAAUUUUAUCGUUUUCAAACACUCUAAAAUCUACUGGUACUUCCCCAGUUUUAAAGGUGACUCUCUCGUCGUAUGUUCGCGUAGUACUGACGUAUUGAAUAUCAACGAUUCAAUUAAAUUUUAAUAGUUCGUAGUUAUAUGUCAAGAGAAGCCAAAUGGCUAUGAUUUUUCAUAAGUUUGAAGAAGUUCGGAAUUUCUUAAAUGAUCCCAAGAUUCUGGCAUUCAUCAGCUGCUUAUGCACUUGCACAAGCCGUACAAAAUGACCCAGAAAAUUGUACGCUGCCAUCAAACGGCGAUGUAAUAUACCGCUGGCCCGAAGAUAUCUUAAAACCAAAUAUUUCAUUGCUUCUUAAUGUUGAUGAACAUGAACGUAUAAAACGGCAUAAUAAAAGAAAUACGACGAAUACAGCUGAAGAAAAACUUUUAAAGAAUGAUGGUCAAUUCAGACAGAAUGUUGUAAAGGCGUAUAAAAAUAUGUACGACCCGCCAGUUGAAAUUAUUGACGCUAAUCCUUCGACCGAAGAAAUACUCGAGGAUAUUUACCAUAAAAUCAAACACCUUCUUUAAAUAUUAAUUUAAGUUUUCAGAAAAAUUGUACUUGUUUACAUGUUUGUACUUACUUACUUUAGUAA